UGCUCGCGCCUCCUGCACCGCCACCGCCGCCCAUCCAAGGAUAUGCCUUCAAGCCUCCACCUAGACCCGACUUCGGGACCUCCGGGAGAACAAUCAAGUUACAGGCCAACUUCUUUGAAAUGGACAUUCCAAAAAUUGACAUCUAUCAUUAUGAGUUGGAUAUCAAGCCAGAGAAAUGCCCAAGGAGAGUUAACAGGGAAAUAGUGGAACAUAUGGUUCAGCACUUUAAAACACAGAUCUUUGGGGAUCGGAAACCAGUGUUUGAUGGAAGGAAGAAUCUGUACACAGCGAUGCCGCUUCCCAUCGGGAGGGAUAAGGUGGAGCUGGAGGUCACACUGCCCGGAGAGGGGAAGGACCGCAUCUUCAAGGUGUCCAUCAAGUGGGUGUCCUGCGUGAGCUUACAGGCGUUACACGAUGCACUUUCGGGGCGGCUGCCCAGCGUCCCCUUCGAGACGAUCCAGGCCCUGGAUGUGGUCAUGAGGCAUUUGCCGUCCAUGAGGUACACCCCUGUGGGCCGCUCCUUCUUCACGGCGUCUGAGGGCUGCUCCAACCCCCUGGGCGGGGGCCGAGAAGUGUGGUUCGGCUUCCAUCAGUCGGUGCGGCCUUCCCUCUGGAAGAUGAUGCUGAACAUUGACGUCUCGGCAACAGCGUUUUAUAAGGCACAGCCAGUCAUCGAGUUUGUGUGUGAAGUCUUGGAUUUUAAAAGUAUUGAAGAACAACAAAAACCUCUGACAGAUUCCCAAAGGGUAAAGUUUACCAAAGAAAUCAAAGGUCUCAAGGUGGAAAUAACGCACUGCGGGCAGAUGAAGAGGAAGUACCGCGUCUGCAAUGUGACCCGGCGGCCCGCCAGUCACCAAACGUUCCCGCUGCAGCAGGAGAGCGGGCAGACGGUCGAAUGCACGGUGGCCCAGUACUUCAAGGACAGGCACAAGCUGGUUCUGCGCUACCCCCACCUCCCAUGUUUACAAGUUGGACAGGAGCAGAAACACACCUACCUUCCCCUCGAGGUCUGUAACAUAGUGGCGGGACAGAGAUGUAUAAAAAAGCUGACCGACAAUCAGACCUCAACCAUGAUCAGAGCCACAGCCAGGUCAGCCCCUGAUCGGCAGGAAGAGAUUAGCAAACUGAUGAGAAGUGCCAGUUUCAACACAGACCCAUAUGUUCGUGAAUUUGGAAUCAUGGUCAAAGACGAGAUGACAGAUGUGACCGGCCGGGUCCUCCAGCCGCCCUCCAUCCUCUACGGGGGCAGGAAUAAAGCGAUCGCCACCCCGGUCCAGGGCGUCUGGGACAUGAGGAACAAGCAGUUCCACACGGGCAUCGAGAUCAAGGUGUGGGCCAUCGCGUGCUUCGCCCCCCAGCGCCAGUGCACGGAGGUGCACCUCAAGUCCUUCACGGAGCAGCUCAGAAAGAUCUCGAGAGACGCGGGAAUGCCAAUCCAGGGCCAGCCGUGCUUCUGUAAAUACGCCCAGGGGGCGGACAGCGUGGAGCCCAUGUUUAGGCACCUGAAGAACACGUACGCCGGCCUGCAGCUGGUCGUGGUCAUCCUGCCCGGGAAAACCCCCGUUUACGCCGAGGUCAAGCGUGUGGGAGACACGGUGCUGGGCAUGGCCACGCAGUGCGUGCAGAUGAAGAACGUGCAGAGGACCACGCCGCAGACCCUGUCCAACCUCUGCCUGAAGAUCAACGUCAAACUGGGGGGCGUCAACAACAUCCUGCUGCCGCAGGGCAGGCCUCCAGUGUUCCAGCAGCCCGUAAUCUUUCUGGGAGCGGAUGUCACUCACCCACCCGCCGGGGACGGCAAGAAGCCUUCCAUCGCCGCCGUUGUGGGCAGCAUGGACGCCCACCCCAACCGCUACUGCGCCACCGUCCGUGUCCAGCAGCACCGGCAGGAGAUCAUCCAGGACCUGGCGGCCAUGGUGCGCGAGCUGCUCAUCCAGUUCUACAAGUCCACGCGCUUCAAGCCCACGCGCAUCAUCUUCUACCGCGACGGCGUCUCCGAGGGCCAGUUCCAGCAGGUCCUUCACCACGAGUUGCUGGCCAUCCGCGAGGCGUGCAUCAAGCUAGAGAAGGACUACCAGCCGGGGAUCACGUUCAUCGUGGUCCAGAAGAGGCACCACACGCGGCUCUUCUGCACGGACAAGAACGAGCGGGUUGGCAAAAGCGGAAACAUUCCAGCAGGCACAACCGUGGACACGAAAAUCACCCACCCCACGGAGUUUGACUUCUACCUGUGUAGCCAUGCUGGCAUCCAGGGAACAAGCAGGCCUUCCCACUAUCACGUGCUUUGGGAUGACAAUCGUUUCUCUUCCGAUGAGCUGCAGAUUCUCACCUACCAGCUGUGUCACACGUAUGUGCGCUGUACGCGCUCCGUGUCCAUCCCGGCGCCAGCCUACUAUGCUCACCUGGUGGCCUUCCGGGCCAGGUACCACCUGGUGGAUAAAGAACAUGAUAGUGCCGAAGGAAGCCAUACCUCCGGGCAGAGCAAUGGACGCGACCAUCAGGCCUUGGCCAAGGCCGUGCAGGUCCACCAGGACACGCUGCGCACCAUGUACUUUGCGUGA